UCAUUCUGUUGAGUAGAAAUUCGUGCUUAUGUCAAGGAAUCUUUACAACCAUGCCUUUCGUCCGCAUUCACUUUUUAUAGCGUAGAAUCGAGUGAUUAGAAAAUCGACGAUUGCUUACAAACAACCUUGCAAACGAUUAGCACGAACAAGCUCGAUUAUCAGCAAGCAAAGUUCUACCUUCUUCCCUGGUAGUUCGAUUCUAACCGUUGUCCCGAACGAGCUGAUAAGAAUGGAACCGACAUUGAAGACCCUCGUCAUCUACCUUAUCUUUUUAUGGAUUCCAUAUUCGCGUCAAGAACGAUUCCAGUGCCAAGACGAGCCCAUCGUGGUCCAGUGGCAUCAAGAGGAGAGCUGCGUCCACUUAAAUUCCAACCAAAACAAUUUCCUUGAGUUGGAAACCGAUUCUUUGCAGAACUAUACAGUACUGGAGUUGGUCAACAGUAGCUUCACUCAAUUUGGAUCGAAUCACUUCCAUGCGAUACCGCCUCACAUCGAAGCGUUGGCAAUCUAUCAUGGAAAUGUGACGGAGGUGUACUUUCUAUCCGAAUCACUGCGAUCGCUAUCUGUAUUGGACACCAACCUGUUCCGGUUUUUUGCUGCCGAACAAGAGAAUCGAGAGCUGAAAACGCUGGAAAUACGAUCAAAAUUCAUGGUAGCUGUUCCAUUUAGCAUAGAAUACCUAAAAGGUCUGGAAAAGCUCAUAUUGCGGAGUUGCAACUUGACCACGAUAGACAUGAAACAAUUGGGAAGAUUAGAAAACUUGAUUGUUCUGGAUUUAGCAGAAAACACUAUCAUAACCAUUGACAUCCCAAUGAAAGUAACGCUGGCAAGCGUAAGAGAACUCUACAUAGAGGAUAAUUUUCUUCACGAGAUGAACAACUUUCCAAUGGCGCUGCCCGGUCUUAGAACGCUAAGUUUGUUCGGGAAUAUGUGGUACUGCGAUUGGGUCACCGAGGUGCGUAAGCGAAUCAUGAAAGCUUGGAUUAUGAUCUACGGCGGAGAUGGUGAUUGCGAAAAUGGUAUUUAUAAUGGUGGUUUGUGCUGUGAUGAAAGGCCCGGAUAGGAACUGGAAUGAAUAAAAUGUGUUGGUUUAAAACAGUUGUUCGGAAUAUUUGCUUAAAUCAGUGUAGCUGUCAGACUUACAGAUACAUUCCUUCGUGUACAACAAUUGGGUAGAAAACCCGGUUUUGACCAGUCUACGAGAACAAAUCCAUAAACAAAUAUUCGUUUUGUAUACAUGUACUGCAAAUACGCCAAAUUAAAGCUUUCAAUCCAUAUAAUGUAUGACAAAUAUUGAAAUUAAAUCCGCAUUUUAACAUUGAAAAUCACGUAG